CAUUUGGCGCUCCGCCCCUCCAGGAAAGUAGAUCCGGCCAGGCAGACAAAAGUUUGGGAGAGGAGUUUGGUCGGUGCUGAGUGUGAGAGUGAGGGGGGCGGGGGCCGAGCAGAGUGGGGUGGCCGGGCAAGUCGACGCGUGAACAGAUAGACCUGUGGACGGGACAGCCGCGGCUGUAGGCCCUUCCAGACCUGCUAAACUCCUGAUGCGCGGGGGGACGCAGCCCCUCUCGCUGGGGGAUGCUGUGGGAUUACUGGCGCUGGGCAUCCGGGCUGCCGGCUAAACCCGUCGUGUGCCUACCCUGUGCCCCUGGGGAACCGGAGUCCGGCAGCAAGGAAAGAGAAGCGGCCGCCGGGACGCUGCAGGGUGCCGGGCGGGGAGGGGGCUGGAGGCCCCAGGCCCGAGGGCAUGGAGCGGUUAGGGGAGAAAGCCAGUCGCCUGCUGGAGAAAUUAAGACUCUCGGACUCCGGCAGCGCUAAAUUCGGCCGCAGAAAGGGUGAAUCUAGCCGCUCUGGGUCUGAUGGGACUCCCGGCUCGGGCAAGGGGCGCCUGAGUGGGUCGGGGGGACCUAGGAAAUCAGGGCCCCGUGGAGCUACUGGGGGACCUGGGGAUGAGCCGCUGGAGCCAGCCCGGGAGCAAGGGCCCCUGGACGCUGAGCGGAACCCGCGCGGCUCCUUUGAGGCGCAGCGCUAUGAAGGCUCCUUUCCUGGGGGCCCACCUCCCACCCGGGCCUUGCCUCUACCUCAGUCAUUGACCCCCGACUUUCGGCUGGAGACCACGGCCCCAGCCCUAAGCCCCCGCUCCAGUUUCGCCAGUAGCUCAGCCAGCGACGCGAGCAAGCCGUCCAGCCCCCGGGGCAGCCUGCUGCUGGACGGGGCGGGGGCUAGCGGAGCCGGAGGUAGCCGACCCUGCAGCAAUCGUACUAGCGGCAUCAGCAUGGGCUACGACCAGCGCCACGGUAGUCCCCUGCCCGCUGGGCCAUGCCUGUUUGGCCCACCCCUGGCCGGGGCUCCCGCGGGCUAUUCCCCUGGAGGGAUGCCGUCCGCCUACCCGGAGCUCCACGCUGCCUUGGACCGACUGUGCGCUCAUCGGCCGGCGGGGUUCGGCUGCCAGGAAAGCCGCCACUCGUAUCCCCCGGCCCUGGGCAGCCCAGGAGCUCUAGCCGGUGCUGGAGUGGGAGCGGCAGGGCCCUUGGAGAGACGAGGGGCGCAACCUGGACGACACUCGGUGACCGGCUACGGGGACUGCGCUGCGGGCGCCCGAUACCAGGAUGAGCUAACAGCGUUGCUGCGCCUGACCGUGGGCACCAGUGGGCGAGAGGUCGGCGCCCGCGGGGAACCCUCGGGGAUUGAGCCAUCGGGUCUCGAGGAGUCGCCGGGUCCGUUCGUUCCUGAGGCCCCCCGGACCCGGAUGCGGGAACCGGAGGCCAGAGAGGACUACUUCGGCACCUGUAUCAAGUGCAACAAAGGCAUCUAUGGGCAAAGCAACGCCUGCCAGGCCCUGGACAGCCUCUACCACACCCAGUGCUUUGUCUGCUGCUCCUGUGGGCGAACUUUGCGCUGCAAGGCUUUCUACAGUGUCAACGGCUCUGUCUACUGUGAGGAAGAUUAUCUGUUUUCAGGGUUUCAGGAGGCAGCUGAGAAAUGCUGUGUCUGUGGUCACUUGAUUUUGGAGAAGAUCCUACAGGCAAUGGGGAAGUCCUAUCACCCAGGCUGCUUCCGAUGCAUCGUGUGCAACAAGUGCCUGGAUGGCAUUCCCUUCACAGUGGACUUCUCCAACCAGGUGUACUGUGUCACUGACUACCACAAAAAUUAUGCUCCUAAGUGUGCAGCCUGUGGCCAACCUAUCCUCCCCUCAGAGGGCUGUGAGGACAUUGUGAGGGUGAUAUCCAUGGACCGAGAUUAUCACUUUGAGUGCUACCACUGUGAGGACUGCCGGAUGCAGCUGAGUGAUGAGGAAGGCUGCUGCUGCUUCCCUCUGGACGGGCACUUGCUCUGCCACGGCUGUCACAUACAGCGGCUCAAUGCUCGACAGCCCCCUGCCAAUUAUAUCUGAGCUGCAGUCACUGGUGCUGCCAUCACCACUGUUGACAAAUUCCUCUGGCCAGUGGGCCCCUCUGAGGCCAGCCGAGGCAAAGGAUGUACUCUUCAGGCCUGGCAGAGAGUCCUCUGGGGACGGCCCCAAGGGCCAGAGACCCAAAGAUCAUGACAUUCCAAAUGGGUUGUGGAGGAGGAGGAGGACUUGCCUUCUUUCCACAUGCGCAGCCUGUGCGGUGGCAUAUACUCAGGCACACACAGGCAGGUUCCUCUCUAAGGUCUGAUUCUAGCCUAUAUCUUCCAGUAUAUAUUUGUGUAUACGUCAAGCAAUGUUCUGGCUCUGGAUUAGAGGGAGCGAGGACAUCACGGAGCUCCUGACUCUUUUGUACUCCACACCUGGGUCAUAUUUGGGGUCAGCCAAGGUUCUUACCACACCACAGCAUCUUAUUUCUGUAUCUGGAUAAAGAGCUGUACCUUAUUAAUGAGUUAUUUCUUGGCCACCUGCUCUCUAUAAAGAGUAGGCGAGCUGCUCACCCCUCUGCUGGGAAUGGAGACCAGCUCUGGGUGGGCCUGCUGCCUGUAUUGCCUGUUUCUCAGGGACUCACAUGGGCCUGGGGACACUAGCUGUGUGCCUGUAGUUGGUUCCUCUUUUCCUCAGGUGGGGGAGGAGGUAAUGAGUGGGUCACUGGAUGUGGAGUUGCUGGGGGAGAUGUCUAGGAAGCUUCAGGCUAUCCACUCUGCCUUGUGUAAGUGCACUGAGCCCUCCAGCCCAGUAUAUGCACCCAUGGGCACGGACUCACACACACACACACACACACACACACACACACACACACACACACACCCUCCCUUCUCAGGUCACUCCUAUACUUGGUUCCCUAGCACCACUCUAGAGCUGCCAUCUUUCAGAGGAAUCCAGGGUUAUAUCCACUGCAACUUCCAAACUCUGAGUUUCCGAAGAGCCAGAGGGGCAAAACACUUUGACUUGGUUCUUCUAGUAAAUUUGGCUGAAAUUUAUUCACCUAAAGCUAGAUCUCUUAAAAUCAAUUCAUUGAGAACUUGUGUGCUUAAAGUUUCCUCCACUUAAUGACCACUUUGCCAAAAGCUCCAAUUCCUUUUGGGUAUUUUUUUUAGCCAUCUAGGUAUUCUAUUCUUUUUUGUCAUGCUUUGGGUAUUUCAAGGAUUUAUAUCUAUUCAUCCAAGAAUACUUCUGAGUUAUCAUCAACAACAUAAAUUUAUCAAAUUUGCAGCACUUCGCAAAUGAUGAGGUUGCUUCCUACCUUUCUGGAUAUCUCUUUCUAUGUUAUCUACUUUUCAGACACUUUUUAAAAAAGCUUAAAGUCUCUAGCAAUAAAUAUAAUUGGUA